AUGGCCGUCAUCGCAGCAUUCCCUGGUCCCGAGAGGACGCGGGGAGCAGCAGAGGAUGCGCGAGUGAGCUGCAGUGCGGAGUGCAGCCCUUUCGCUUACGGCCACGGAAUGUUCUACCGGCCCGAUCGAGGAAAUCGGCUGGCCAUGUGCUUGCUACAUUGUCAACGCCUCUACGAGUCUACAGUACUUGUCUUUUGCCUCCCGAGUCAGACCACUCGCCACUCCCCCGCUUCUCAUCUCGGCCAUGAGACCCAAUGGACCACCCUGCGUGGUCCGCAUGUGGUUAAUGUCUGGUGGAGCGAUCUAACAAAGUACGAAGAUGGCUGCCUCCGAGACCGCUCUUCAUUGGUGCCCUGA